UUUAAAAGUAACAGUAAUGCGCGUCCACGUCUCUUAACAGCAGCAGCAUCAGGAGACCGCUCUAUGAACAACCUGCAGACAUGGGCAACUGCAUGGGCGGCAUUACGAGCAUCUGCGACAGGCCGAAGAACACUAAAAUUAAGUUCAGUUUACCUUCCGUGUGUUUCGUGUGGCAGCUGUCCAUGAUUAUACUUUUUGGGGUGUUUGUGCGGUACAAUGAGGAGUCUGAUACUCACUGGGUUGACUACAGAAAGGAGAAGAAUAUCACAAGUGAUGUGGAGAAUGACUUCUACUUCAGAUAUCCAAGUUUUCAGGAUGUUCAUGUCAUGAUCUUCGUGGGCUUUGGCUUUCUCAUGACCUUCCUGAAGCGCUAUAGCUUUGGUGCGGUGGGAUUCAACUUCCUGGUUGCUGCUUUUGGCAUCCAGUGGGCUCUUCUGAUGCAAGGCUGGUUCCAUUCUCUGGACUACACUGAUGGAAAGAUCAAGAUUGGUAUAGAAAAUUUGAUCAAUGCAGAUUUCUGCGUGGCGGGUUGUCUGAUCGCCUACGGAGCCCUUCUGGGGAAGGUCAGUCCGGUUCAGCUGUUGGUGAUGACGCUGUUUGGUGUCACACUGUUCGCCGUUGAAGAGUACAUCAUCCUGAAUGUCCUCCAUGCCAAAGAUGCUGGUGGCUCCAUGGUGAUUCACACUUUUGGAGCUUAUUAUGGUCUGUCCAUUUCAUGGGUUUUAUAUCGGCCUGAUUUGGAUAAGAGCAAACAUUUGAACGGGUCUGUCUACCACUCAGAUGUGUUUGCCAUGAUUGGCACCCUCUUUUUGUGGAUGUUCUGGCCAAGUUUCAACUCUGCCAUUGCUGAUCAUGGAGACGGUCAGCACAGAGCUGCCAUCAACACAUAUCUGGCCUUGGCCUCCACCGUCCUCACUACAGUCGCCAUGUCCAGCCUGUUUGAGAGAACAGGGAAAUUAGACAUGGUUCACAUCCAGAAUUCCACGCUGGCAGGCGGAGUUGCUGUGGGAACAGCAGCUGAAUUUAUGCUGUCGCCAUACGGUUCUUUGAUCGUGGGUUUCUUCUGUGGCAUCAUAUCCACGAUGGGCUACAUUUAUUUCUCACCAUUCUUGGAAGAGAAACUGAAGAUUCAAGACACCUGUGGCAUCCAUAACCUACACGCCAUGCCAGGAGUCAUUGGAGGAAUUGUGGGUGCCAUCUCAGCCGCCGCUGCCACCAACACUGUUUAUGGAGAUCUAGGGUUGGAAAAUACAUUUGACUUUACGGGGCCUUUUGCAAAACGCGUACCCACUAUCCAGGGUGGAUAUCAGGCAGCAGGACUGUGUGUGGCCUUGUGUUUUGGAAUCGGAGGCGGCAUCUUUGUUGGCCUGGUUUUGAAGCUGCCCAUCUGGGGUGAUCCUGCAGAUGAAAACUGCUUUGAUGAUGAGAUCUAUUGGGAGGUUCCUGAGGAUGAAGAAAGCGCUCCUCCCAUCCUGACCUAUAACAACCACAUGAUCACCAACAAACAGGCAGACGUGAUAGAGACAAACUUCGUGGAGCAGCGUUAACGCAUGCAAUCAGAUCUGCAGUGAUGUGAAUCUGCGUCACUCAGAAAACAUCUGCUUUCCUGCUGCUUUCCCUGAAGAUAACUACACUCACUACCCGCCAAAAUGACAAACAAAGGGACGUUCCUUUUGCUUUUCAUGAAGCUCAUAUCACAAUAUCUUGAUACAGAGAAUACAUUUAUUUGAUCCAGAUUGAGAUGCAAAAAUUCACUUAAUAUAUUUGCAGAAUUCAGAUGAUUGUAAAAUGGAAAAAGAUCAAUUCAUUUAUUUUUCUUAUCAAAUAAUGGGAUGAUUCCUGAUUAAAGUGACUAUUUUCCUGUGAAUGUGUUCAGAGAAAAUGUGAGCGAAAACCCCACAUCCUCUAAACCUCCAAGCUGUUACAUUUUUAAUGAAAUGAAUUUUACAGAUGUUAAUUUAAGCAUUUGUUAUCCAAACACUCUUUGAUCAUUAUAAUGUAAUUAUGUUGUUUUAUAAGAUUAGAAAUACUUUGUCUUAAUUUUGUAGGUGAGAAUCCGCACAUUGUAUCCACAUUUGUAAAAGCAAAAUUCUAUAAUCUUUUAUUUAUAGAUUUUUUUUCUGUUAACUUGCAUGUCAAUCAGCAUGCGUGCGUAACAUCUCAUAAUCAAACGUCACUUUCAUAAUUUGACCAAACAACAAAACAAUGUGCAGUAUCGGUAUGUAAAUAUUCCUACGUUGUUUCCUUUCUCUAAUAAUGUAACAUACACAUUUAAUGUCUUGUCUUUUGUGUUAUCUUUAUUGUAAAAUUGUUUAAAAGAAAGAAACUAAUAUUAAACUUGUCUAAUUCCAGAUUAAAUUAUUGAAGUGAUUCUUACAUUAA